AUGCUGUCCACGGCCGGAGCGGCAGCCGUCCUGACGGGGGUGUUGCCGCCAGGGCUCCCCUCGCACGCCCGCAGUGCGGUUCAGACGCGCGAGCUGAGCAGCGGCACGCGCAUUUCGCGAUCGGUGGAGGUAGGGCUGCGGGAACCAGCUGGCGGGCCUGCGCCGUGUGGCCUGGCGGAGGACAACGCGACGCGCGAGGCGCUCGGGACGAAGAACCUGCUGCCGCCGGCGGUCACGGACCGCGACACCGAGGUGCGGCGCGCGAUGGCGGCGCUGAACGCGCGCGAGUCGCUCAUCGGCAAGUACUCGACCCUGAUGACGCUGUUCGAGACCGACCCAGCCACAUUCACCGACGUCGUGCGCACCAACACGGCGCAAGUGCUGCCCAUCGUGUACACGCCGGGCGUCGGCGAGGCGUGCAAGCAGUGGGGCACGCUCGUUCCGCGGCCGCCGGGGCUGUACGUCUCCGCCGAGGACGCCGGCCGCGUCUCCGAGGCAGUCGCGCGCUGGCCUGCCGACAACGUGCGCGUGGUCGUCAUUACCGACGGAGAGCGCAUCCUCGGGCUCGGCGACCUCGGCGCGCACGGCAUGGGCAUCUCCGUGGGCAAGAGCAUGCUCUACACGGUCGCGGCGGGCAUUCCCCCGGGCUGGGUGCUCCCAGUGUGCCUCGACGUGGGCUGCGACAGCGACGCGGUGCGCGACGACGAGUUCUACGUCGGGCUGCGACGGAAGCGGGCGCGCGGCGCGGAGUACAACCGGCUGGUGGACGAGCUCGUCGCGGCGCUCAGGCAGCGGUACGGGACGGACGUCGUGCUGCAUUUCGAGGACUUUGGCCGCGCGAACGCGCUGCCGCUGCUGGAGAGGUAUCAGGACGGCCCCACGCUGAACGACGACAUCCAGUCGACGGCGGCGAUCACGCUCGGCGCGCUGCUGGGCUCGCUGCGGCUCGAGAACGUGCCGGCGCUCGAGAAGCAGCGCGUGCUGCUGUACGGCGCCGGGCAGGCCAACCUGGGCUUUGCGCGGCUCUUUGUGCGCAAGCUCGUGACCGCGGGCGUCCCGGAGAGCGAGGCGCGGAAGCGCGUGUGGCUCGUGGACUCCAAGGGCCUCGUCUACGACGGGCGCAACGGCGUGAACGAGGAGAAGGCGGAGUUCGCGCACCCGCUCUCGGACCUCCCGAACGGCCGCGACGUGCCCGACGGGCUCGCGGCUGCGGUGGACGCGGUGCGGCCCACCGCGCUCGUCGGCGCGUCGACGAUCCGCGGGGCGUUCUCCGCGGAGGUCCUCAAGACGCUGCACCGCGGCGUGAUGGCUGCGCACGGCAGCAGCGCGCGUCCCAUCGUCAUGGCGCUCUCGAACCCCGACACCAAGGCCGAGUGCACGGCGGAGGAGGUCGUGGCGGCGAUCGGCGACGCGGUGGUGUUCGCGAGCGGCACUGCGUUCCCGCCGGCGAAGCUGCCCGGCGGCGGCCAGCUGCGCGCGGCACAGGCGAACAACUGUCUCAUUUUCCCUGGGGUGGCGCUGGGGACGCUGGCGGCGCGGUCGCAGCGGAUCACGGAGCCGAUGUUCCUCGCGGCGGCGGAGGCCGUCGCGCAGAUGACGAGCGCGGAGGAGCUGGCGGUCGGCGGGGUGCUGCCGGACGUGCAGCGGCUGGACGAGGUUGCGGACGCCGUGGCUGCGGCGGUGGCGUCGACGGGCGCGAACAGCCCGGUCGGUAGGAUGCAGGAGCGGCUCGAAGAGCUCGUUGGGUCCGGAGCGGGCGGCUCGCAGUGA